AUGAAUAAAAGGAUAUUUAGUUUAGCAUCUAAUGUAGGAAAUAAACGCGUUCGUGGUACUAAAAAAAUAAACAUAAAUAAUAAUAAAAAUGGUAUAGAAUAUAAACGCGAAACCCAAUUAAAUAAUAAGAAUCCUGAAGAUGAUUAUGACAGCAAUUACAUUGGAGAAAUGGACGAUGGUUGUUGUAGUUGUUGUAGCUGUUGUUAUAUAAAUGGCUUUGGGUUCGUGCUUCAGAGUUUAUGUGUUAAUAUUUUUAAUUUAUUGAUGGGUAUAUAA